AUGUCCGUCACAGGUCGGAUUAAAGGUCAGUACGGAGCCAUUGGAGUCGUAAGACAGCGAGCCGAGAUCUUCUUCGCACAAUUCAACAAACAAUGUCCAAGGUAA